AUGGGGAAAGUCACCUUCUAUGAAGACAAGAACUUCCUGGGCCGUUACUAUGAGUGCGACAGCGACUGCCCCGAUUUCCACACCUACCUGAGCCGCUGCAACUCCAUCCGUGUGGAUGGAGGCACCUGGGUGGCCUACGAGAGGCCCAACUAUGCUGGGAACAUGUACGUGCUGACCCACGGGGAGUACCCUGACUACCACCACUGGAUGGGCCUCAACGACCGCCUGGGCUCCUGCAAGUACAUCCAGAUCGUAGGUGUCCCCCCUUGCCAGGGCAUGCUGCCAUUUAUCCCAUCCUGGGAGGGCCGAGGCCACAUCCAGGUGUUUGAGAAGGGAGAUUUUGGCGGGCAGAUGUUCGAAGCCACCGAAGACUGCCCCUCCAUCAUGGAGGAGUGGCACAUGCGUGAGGUGCACGCCUGCAGGGUGCUGGAGGGCGUCUGGGUGUUCUACGAGCACCCCAACUACCGGGGCCGGCAGUACGUGCUGCCCAAGGGGGAGUACCGCAAGCCCGUGGAGUGGGGCGCGGCCAGCCCCGCCGUCCAGUCCUUCCGCAGCAUCUCCGAGUGA